CUUUUAGAAAUUAUGAUAUCAUAUUAAUCUGUAAUAAAUUUAUCCCCAAAUUUUAGGGUUUUGGUUCAUUUGUUCGUAUAUUUGUUACAGAGAGAAUCUCGUCAAUCAAACACGAAAUCAGAGGGAAAGAAAACAUGAUGAAGCAAUCCAAAGAUCCAUUUGAAGUGGCGGAAGAAUCACCGCCAGAUUCACCAGCCGGUCAUGCUGACACCGCAACUCAAGAUCCAACCUUACAACCCACUGUUAGUACCCAGGGAGUUGAUGCUGAUAAUAGUAUUCAUCCUUCAAACCAGCAAAAAGCAACGGUCAAAUCAGCCUCCACAUCAGCAGCUGGAAAGUCCGUUAAGAACAAAGAAGAUGAUGACGAGGAAGAAGAGGAGAACAUGGACGUUGAACUUGGAAAGUUUCCGUCCUCUAGCGAUCCAUCCAAGUUAACCAAGAUGCAGUCUAUUUUAUCUCAGUUUACUGAGGAUCAAAUGAGUAGAUACGAAUCUUUCCGAAGAUCUGGAUUUCAGAAAUCCGUCAUGAAAAGGUUAUUAGGCAGCAUCACUGGGAGCAAUAAAAUUUCAAUGCCUAUGACCAUUGUAGUAUCGGGAAUAGCAAAGAUUUUUGUUGGUGAACUAGUUGAAACAGCCAAGGUAGUUAUGCGAGAGAGAAAGGAGAGUGGACCGAUCAGACCGUGCCACAUACGAGAGGCACACAGAAGGCUUAAACUAGAAGGGAAGAUACCAAAAAGAUCAGUUCAGAGGCUGUUCCGGUAGGCGUUUUGGUUUUCAUUUGUCUCUGUGUUAAGUCUUUGUUUUUGGGAUUGGAAACAUGUGUGUAAUGCUUUAGGCAUGCUUGUAAAGCUUAUCCUAGAACCAGUCAUGGUUUUAACUGUUGUAACGUGAUUGGUUUCCCCGUGGCUAGAAAACAUGAUGGCUUUUGUUCUAAUUUUAUAUAUUAUAUGUAUUAUUUA